UGAGGUGAACCUGCCUUACUCGCAGUCACAGCGGAUGGAUUGUGGUCAGCUAACGGUGGCAUAUUGGUUUACGAUGAUAGCAGCUAGUUAGCUGUUUAUCACAACAGCCUUUACAAGAUUUAGGUAGCUAGGUGGCUGUCUGACUAGGCCCAUGUUGCUGGCGGAGAAGGGGAGAAAUUUAUUGUCUUCCAUCAUGUCGAAGUCGUUCCGUUAUUUUUAGCUAGCACUGCAGGCUAGCGCAGCUAACAGCGGCAAGCAAAGCGUGACUAAUCGGUCUGUUGUGUGAAAAACAAUGCUAAUGGAGCAGUUGCAGGACGCGGCGUCUCAGCAGGUCAAGCUGGUUGCAGAUCGUGUGAAUGAACUAUUGUCCAAUGGCCUGGGGCUGUUGCACUCCGAGCUCGGCGUGGAUUUGGGACUGAAGCCUGAGCUUAUUCCGCCAUGGGUGAUCCUCUUAGCGGCAUGUACCGGGCUGGUGCUGAUGGUCGCUCUGUGGGCCUCAGCCUGCCGGGCUGUCUUCAAGAAACGACCGGCUGUAAGCCCUGUGGACGACGGCACCGAAGUAAAGCGAGGUGUCACUAAACCUCAAGUCAAGUCCGAGGAACCGAAGAAAAAGAAGAAGAAAUCAGAAAAAAAAGCCCAGUCAAAUGGGAGAGCUGUCGCUGAACCGCAGGAAGAAGCCAUAGUGUCGGAGGAGAUAGUGCCACAUCACCAGCCGCCCCCACCUGAAGUCAAGGCUGAAAAGGUUGCAGAGGUAAAGAAAUCCAAGAAGAAGACCAAACAGGCUGUCAAAGAGACCAAGACUGUGACUGCAGAUGGCAAAGAACCAGAAGAAGGCACAUGGGAGACCAAGGUCAGCAACAAGGAGAAGCGCGAGCAACGCAAGAAGGACAAGAGUUCCAGUGAUGGCUCAGCCAGUCCUGGAGGAGGGGACACGCCCGUGAGCACUCCCCCAGAGCAGCCCAAGGCCUCUGUGGCUCCCGCGCCUGCCAGCCAGAAGAAGAAAAAAGGAGAAUCCACUAAAGUGAAGGCAGAGAAGGCUGAGGCUGUUGUACCUCAAGUUAACAACAGCGAGGUGGCUGCUGGUGUGACUGACGUGGCUGUGAAGGUUCCUGCUCACAGUGUCGUUCCAAAGACGGGACCCUGGACAACCAGUAGAGAACCACUGUGGAGCGCCGAUAUUGAUGAGUCGUGGACUGUGAUUGAGACGGGGAUGCCCGCAGCAGAGCGAAAUCUAGUGUCUUUAGCUGGACUGAGUGCCGAGUCCCAGCCUGUGAGGGAUCUGCCCUGGCUCAGUCAGCCAAGAGUGGAUGAUGAGUGGUCUGGACUCAAUGGUAGCUCAGUGGACCCCAGCUCUGACUGGAACGCCCCCUCCGAGGUCUGGGGAAACUAUGAAGAGCCCACUCCAGAGCCCCCUCCCGUUCAGGAGAAGCCCCUCCCUGAGCCCGCCAAGGUUAAUCUGCUGAUUGCAGCAGCUGACGAUGAUGAGGAUGAGAAGGACAAGGGAGAGACUGCUGCUGACGGGGCCGCUAAAACUAAAAAGAAGAAAAAGAAAAAGAAGAAGGCUGCUGAGGAGGGAGCUGGCCAGGGCGAGGAGCCAGAGAAGGAGGCAGCACCUGCAGCCUCGGUGAAGAAGCAGCUGUCUGCUCAGGAGAAUACUGCCGCCGUCCAGCCUGUCAAGGCAGCUGCCGUCGAGGCCAGAGUGGAGCAACCAGUGAAGGACAACAUAUCCCAGAAACCCCCAGUCACACAAGUGCCACAGAAGACAACCGAUGGUGAGCCCACUGCCAAGCAGAACAACCUUUCUGCUCCAACACAACAAAAAAAACCUGAAGAGAGCCAAGCGGCCAAGCCGGCGAAGAAGAAGAAGGCGAGGAGAGAGACAUGAGACGAGUCCAGUCUGCAGACCUCUGGAUGCAAAAGACUUCAUAUCCUGUUUAUGCAACACCUUUUGUGACAAGAACUUUGAACAAAGGUCUUCAUGAUGGACUCGAACCUUAAAACCUGUCUGGAAAUUGAAACGACUUUUAUACACGUCGCGUGUGAGCCGAUGGAUCAUUGAAAACUGAACCUUGAUGCAGUGCAAUCUAAUGUAAUGCGGUGUUAAUGAUUUUCAAGUAUGCAUUUGAUACUCUUGAUUCUGUCUUCUAAUUCCACUGAAUCAAACAACUGAUUGAAAGAGCUGUAUUGUAGUAAUUAGACAUGUAGAAAAUACUGACCAUGUUUAGAAAUUUGAUGUUGUGGUGGCUAACGACUGGAGUUUACUGUGUAGAGAAUGAAAACGGUCAACAUGUAUCAGGUCACACAACACCGGGCCAUAAUGAUGAACUGGCCUUUGCUUUUGCGGUCUUUUAUUUUGCUCUUACAUUUGUGAGCGGUGCUGGGUGAAAAGAGUGGUCGAAGAGAUCAAAGGGUUAUUUCACCUCAACGGGGAGUGAACAUAUGUGACUUAAAUGAGACAUGAGCAGCCUUGGGUGCUGAAAAGGGAAUCAUGUCUGCUGUGUAUUGUGGCAUUUUUACCUGUGACUACAACAUAUUAAUUGCCUCAGUCCAUCUGGUUUGUCCCUCGUCCGAUGUUGUACUGCAGUGUUUCGAGACAACUGUUUCCUUGCCGUUUUUACUAUCUGUGAGUGCUUUGUGGCUGGAACCGUCUGGAGCCUCCGAUCAUAGAUGUACCGUUGCAGCGUCAUCAACAUCUUCAUGAUUUUCCGCCUGUGGUUGAUCCGAAAGUCUUCAGAACCUUUUGUAAAACCUGUUUGUAAUAAAAGAAAAGCUAAAGCCAUAUGUAAAAAGACUAAAUAAAGGCCAGUUUU